AAUUAUAUUCUUUUUUUUUUGUCUGUAGCUUCAAGAUUCAGCACUGAGUAGAGAUUUGAUCAACACCUCCAACUGAUCUAAGCAAGUCAGAAUUAGGUAGACAGUUAUAGAGAGUUGUAAGAGUUUUAUUUGGGUCUACAAUUGCGACUAAUUGGGUGAAGAUAUUAGUAGUAAAAAAUUUUUAAAAGAAUUGCAUAAGUUGUCAGUAAUUUCAGGUACCAAAACAAAUACUAUAGACACAUUAAUUAAUUAAAUUAAUUAAUUAAAUAAAUAAAUUAAAUAAAUUUGGUAUGAGUGCUAAUCAAAGAUUCUCAUUACCUUAUUCUAAGGGGAAAUUAGAUGAAUUGGCAGAUUCUGCUUCUACUGAAGAUUAUACUAAUACAUUUAAACCAAUUAAGCAUAGAUCUUUUAUAUCACGUAUUCAAGCAUGGUUUGGAAAUUUUAUAAGAGUUAUUACUCAAUUUACAUUAUCAUAUAAAAGAUUAACAUUAUUUAUACUUACAUUAAUUGGAUUAUCAUUAUUUACUUCCACUCCUUUUAUUCCCCAUUUUAGAAGUUCAAGUCCAAAAGUUGUAAUAAUAUUAGCUGCUAAUGAAGGUGGAGGAGUCUUAAAAUGGAAAUCACCACAAGAAUGGUCAGUUGAAAGAUCAAGUAUAGCCAAUAAAAAAAAUUAUGCGAAAAUUCAUGGAUAUGGAUUAACUAUUAAAGAUAUGACAAUUAAAAAAAGAUAUUCUCAUGAAUGGAGAGAAUCUUGGGCAAAAGUUGAUAUUAUGAAACAAACAAUGAGACAAUUUCCUGAUACUGAAUGGUUUUGGUGGUUAGAUUUACAUACAUAUAUAAUGGAACCAAAUAUUUCAUUAGAAGAUCAUUUUUUAAAUAAUUUAGAAAAUUCAACUUAUCGAACUUUAGAUAAUUUUAAUCCAUUAAAUUUACCAAUUUCAAUUCCAUAUACUGAUUAUUCUCAACCAAUUGAUAUGGUAAUUACUCAAGAUUGUGGAGGAUUUAAUUUAGGAUCAUUUUUAAUGAGAAGAUCAAGUUGGUCAGAAAUGUUAUUAGAUAUAUGGUGGGAUCCAGCAAUGUAUGAACAAAUGCAUAUGCAAUGGGAACAUAGUGAACAAGAUGCAUUAGAAACAUUAUAUUCAACAAAUGCAUGGAUAAGAGAAAGAAUUGGAUUUUUACCAUUAAGAACAAUCAAUGCAUUUCCACCUGGUGCAUGUUCUGAUCGAGCUGAUGAUCCUCAAUUUUUCUUUCAAGAUCAUGAUUUUGUUAUUAAUAUGGCAGGUUGUGAAUGGGGAAGAGAUUGUUGGGGAGAGAUGGAACAUUAUAAAGCAUUAUCUAAGAAACUUCAAAAGUCUUGGUGGAAAUUUUGGUGAUUUAUUAAUUAUAUAGUCAUUAAGUAGUAGCAUACAAUAUUACAAACAUACAUUAAAAUAUAUGGGUAAUCUCAUUA